ACACUUGUCAAGCAUAACCGAGUAGAUGAUUUUUCUUGCGUAAUAUAUGGUUUGGAAGUUGUCAGUUCCAGAUAACAACAUCAAAAGGUAGCCAAGUGUAUAGUGGGAACAAUUGAGAAAAAAAGAGAUUUGAGAAUCGCAUUUGUCUUUUUUAUGUGACAGAGUAUUUAUAUAUAUAUAUAUUGUGACUGGCAAGAAUAACAAUUCUGACUUUUUCAAAAUCUUUCUUUAGUUAUCUCAAAUAUGAAUACAAAUCAAUACCCACGUAUUAAACUUCGGCCUCAGCGAGCGCAACAAGAAAGCUUGAAUGGUCUUUGGCAGCAAUCUAGAAAUCGGAACGUACCAAGAGCAAACGUACAGAUCCAGAGGGGAGGCAGCAACCUCAACCGUGGUGCCUCGUUCCCCGCAGGUUACACGAACGCGGAAAUAAGAUUUGCUAAUGAUUUAAACUUGACUCGACAGCAACAACCGAUUUCUCAUCACAUAACUCGCCAAGUGACGCCCAGAAGUCAAAAUAACCAACAGCAGUACCUACAAAAUUUUAUUUCAAGUCCAGCUGUUCGUUUUGCGACUCAAAAUCAAAGCGACAUACGAUUUGCAAACUCACAAGUUUAUCCGCAGCGUCCUGGCGUUAUCUUUCGAACACAAGUGCAGGGACGGGGCAAUUCAUAUCAAAUUAAGCCGACUCUCACACAUCAGCACGGAAGACUUCAUACAGUUAUAGGUCGUCAGAAUCCUUAUAAACAAUUUCAUGUUGUUUCACGCAACGUACAACAACUCAACUAUUUCACUCCAUUCCGCUACAAUUCCGCUCAAACGUCCGCACAGCCCCAGCCCCGGAAUUUAUCAACUGUGCAACAAAAUACGAUCAAAGCUCCUUCAAAGAUACAUGAUAACCAGACGAAAAGUCAAGUCCGUGAUAUCAACACUGCCCAAUCCCCAGAACGCCCAGCUAUAAGUCCCGACCUAUGGGAAUUUGUAAAGUCUCCUCAGGCCAAAUGCCACUCACCAUUGCAAGAAAAACCAGAAACAUUACCACUGAGUAUUGGUGAUUUAUUCGAAAAUGCAACAUUACGAAUCAACGAAACCCUCAAACCUAUUCCUAGAGAGAAUUUAUUUCACGUGAAUUCGAAUGCUGUGGAAACACACACACCAACAAGCCAUGAUAUCGAGCUACCUAGUUCAUCAAGUAGAUACGAGGAGAUGACAAAAUACGCUAUAUUUGGCCAACAUGAAACAAAUGAUGAAUCAGAAAUCAUAAAUAGCAGCGCAAACGGUAAUUCCGACGAACAAGUUAACGGUGAAUUGUUAACAAAUUCAAAGACAAAUAAUCGAAUGACAUCAAAUGACUCAAUAUCACAACAAAGUCUCCAUACCAAAAUAGUGGGAACUGAAUCUGGAGGAAAUGACAAAAAGCCAAUACCACCUCCGAAGAUAAUUCAGCAAUGUGAGUUUCCAACUUCUAUUCAAUUAAUGGAGGAUACCAAAUCAAGAAUUCGAGAAAAAGAUAUGAUUGCAGAUAAUAAUGAGCGUUUUGCUACAGAACCACAACCGACACAACAAUUUAACGAAAUUCCAACCUUGCAAAGCCUAUGCUCGGGUCUGCUGACGAGACAGUGUUUUGGGGAAAUCGAUUCCGACACGGAAUAUCGAAACUCUGGAAAUUCUUCACAAAACAUAAGCAGUUUGCCAACAGAGUAUGCGGGAAAGGAAUGUGAAACGGAAAAAUAUUCCAAGACAUAUUUAUGCAAUAAAGAAAAAACAAUGUCUGAUACACAACCAGAAGAAAGUUCAAAUGUGAACCAACACAAAGAAAAGGCGGUUAGUAUGAGUAAAUAUAAUGAUACACAAAGCACAAUUCAAGAAUCAAAAAAUACGCUAAUUUCAAAUAUAUUAAAUAGCACCAACAAUGUAGAAGUUACAUUGGGGAAAGUCGCCAUAACAAGUAAAAAGAAUAUAUUUUCACAUACAACACGUAAUCAACCAACUUCCCAAAACUUCAAAGAAAGUUUAUUUGGUCAAAACACCGGGAAGAAAUUAGAAAUACCGGGCAAAAUAUCCAAACGUUCAACACGUAAAGUCACACCAGAAAACACGAAAAAUCAGUCCCCCAUUUUGAAACUCAAGCGAAAACAGGAUACUGCUAAAUUUCCAAAUGGUACAAAAGACGUUUAUGAACCUGUGUCCAAAACGAGAAAAACAGAAAUCAGUCUAAAAACUUUUAAUCCAAAAACUCAAGCAAAGACUAUUGAAUAUUUCUUCAAACCCGUAAUAGCAAACAGUACAUCACAAAAUCGAGGUAAAACUCCAACUUGUGGGCAAAAUUCAAAACCGCUCUGGAAUUUCACCAAAAAGGGCUGUGAAAGCACGAUAGCGGUUCCAAAGGAACCAUCCAUAGAAGAGUCGUGCACCAAAGCAGAUGAUUCCGCAUUGCAUCAAAGGAAAAAUUGCCUGAAAAACCGCCAACAAUCUACAGACGGCAUACCAACAUUGCCUUCACAUAGGAAUAAUGGAAGGAUGAACCCUGAAAAAAAUCCGUACUUAAAAAAAAACAAGACCAAAAGAUCUAGUCGGUUGGGUAAUUGGAAGGCAAAAGAUUUUCCAAGAAUACAGAGCAUUCCACACCGACCAUUACCGUUUGAAGAUGUGGUGGGGACUACAGAAAUACAGAGGAAAAAAGAAAUUUUCACUGCGAUGCGAAUACUUUUCAGUACGGGUCUCAUUUCUACAGAAAAAUCCCAAGAUACCUAUCACGUGUCUCAAAAGAAUUGCAAAGAAAUAUCAGGUCAGAACGCAGACAUUGUACGUUGCAGUCAAGUUCCAUCGGGGGAGAAAAAAUCCAAUCAACCAACGAAACCUUGUUUUGUCAGAAUGACCAAGUUGCAAUUGCACAGUUGACCAGAUCAACUCUCCGGUUGAUUCAAAUGAAAGCAUCUCUUCGGGUUCCACGCCGUUCACUUUUGUACAUCAUGUCUGAUGAAAGCCUUGUUUUGCGUAUAAUUUCUUUUCCAAUUUUUAGCUAUUUAUGGUUCUGAUGAAAUAUUUACUUGAAAUAAAACGUUUUUCGUCGAGGUUA